UAACUUCGGGGUUGGUUCUUCUCCUUUACAUGCGGAGGCGUUGGCUUGCUUGUACGGGCUUCAAUGGGCUUUUGAUCAAAAGUUACAUUCUGUCACGGUCUUUACUGAUUCCUUUAAUCUGGUAACUCUUCUUCAGGGGGAUGGGCGCGGUGAUGUGGCUUACCUUUGGCUCAUUCGCAAGAUUCAACAACUUGGCUUAAAAUUUCAGUAUUGUUGUGUACAUAAAGCGGAUCGUCAGCGUGUUCAUCGAGCUCAUCAAAUCGCGGGGGAAGCGGCGGUUAAUUUUAUUUGUUUUAGUAUUAGUAAGUAGUCUGUUUGUAUCCUUUGUCAAAAAAAAAAGUCCAAACAAGACAUGACUUGCUCAAUACAAUUACGUCAAAGUGAUAAGUGUCCAUAGAUUAACACUUUUUUUUUUUUUUUUUGUGUGUGUGUGUCCAACACGCAUUUAGGUGUGUCUUUUUCAAACACACUGUUCAUAGGACCACAUACAACAAUUUUUUUUUUUUUAACAGGCACAUACAACAAUUGUAUGUGUAGCCUUUACAAUGGACGAUUUGUCCUUUAUAAUUGUAAAACAUAAGUUGACGGGAAAAUAAUUAGAAGAGUAUAAAAGUUUAUUAAUGCACAAUAUAAUCUGUAUUUAUUGCGGACUAGAACUAGAUGUCAAUCAUGUCAUGGCCUCAUGGGGAGGUCUUAGAGCAAGUUUAGCCUCAAGUCUUAAGACUUGGGGUGACACAUCAUUUUGAGUCUUAAGAUUUACACUUAAGACUUUUCCCAUUUUUCUUCAAAAAUCUCAAGCAAGUCUUGAAAUUUCAAGACUCGACUUAAGACUUGAGAUUGAGGGACCCACUUCACCCACCUCACUUUUAUUUUUAUUAUCCCUUUUUUUAUUUUUACUUUUCUACAUAUAAUAUGUCAAAUAUUCAAGUCUUAGGGCUAAAGUGAUAAAUUUGUGUAAGUCUAAGUGAGUCUUAAUAAGAAUUUGAUAACAUCAUUUUCAAUGGGGACCACAAAAAAUGAUGUCACAUCCAAGUCUUAAGACUUAGGCUAAACUUGCUCUUAGACCAAACUGGUCAAAUCAUUUCAUGCAAAAUGUACACUACAAUUAUUACAGUAAUGUUUUUCCUAAAAAAAAAAAAAAAAAAAAAAAAAAAAAAAAAAAAAAAAACUCCGAUAAUUACUUGUACAUUAAUACAGAUAGCAGUCACAUUACUCAAUUUUUAGCAACAAAAGUACACUGCAUUAAGAGGAGCAUCCUAUUGGCUACCUCGGUAAGGAACUCUACCUCUCUUAAACAGAGACCUCUGUAGUCUGUACACUUCUCAUUUAUUCAUGGUAGUAAUUGGUAAUUGCCAAAUUGCUCAAUUUCUCCCAAAAAUUCACACAUUUUCCUCAAUUUCACUCUCAUUUCUUCACUUUUUUGGAAUUGAAGCAGAUUUUCUGUAGUACAAAAGUUUUGAUCUUUGGGAAGAAAAAUGGUGGAACAUUUGGAGUGUAAACAUUGCAAAACAUGGGAAGAAGAAAUGUACUGGAAACAUUUCAACUCCAUGCAUUUCUUCCAGACUUUAACCCCAAACUUCCAUGAUCAUCUUGUACUGCCUGAGAAAUUCACUGCACACAUGAAAUCUCAGUUGCCAGAUAAAGUAUUUCUUAAAAGCCCGAGUGGGGGUGUGUGGGACAUAGAGCUGCUUAAAUCCGAUGAUCUUCUGUUUGUUGGAAAUGGAUGGAAAGACUUUGUGAAAGUCAAUGAAUUGAAUGAAAAAUGUGUCUUGAUGUUCAAAUUUAAGAGAAACUCGAGUUUUGAGGUGUUAAUCUUUGAUCAAGGGAGUUCUUGUGAGAAAUGUAAGCAUACUAAGUCUGAGCAUGAAGGAAAAAAAAGGACUGCAAGAGAGGCAUCCAACACUGAAACUAUUGAGGAUGGUGGUGAAGAAGAUUCUGCUUUUGUUGUAUCAAAGAAGUCCAAGAAAGAUGAUGAACCAGUGGUUUCCUCCGGAGCAAAGGUGGACACUCAAGCUCCGAGAAAACGUGUGCUGAAUGCAGCUGCAAAAGCUAGAGAAGGAACAAGAAGGAUACUGCCAUGCCGAUUGCCAAUCAAACGAAAAGCUCAAUCUGGAAAAAAGUCUUUCAGAAAUGAAACAGACAAGGAACUGAGUGAAACAUCACAGAGAGAUGUGAUCACAGCUGAAAAUGGAGAAAUUUCCCCUGAGAAAGUUGAUUCUGAGAAGCUAGAGUCCCAUUCUAAAAAGAGCUUGAACAAAAAUGAUCAGAUUUCAAGGAGGGAGUUGAUCGCCCCGGAAAAUGGUGAAAAUUCUCCAACUGCAGAACGUUCUAAGAAAUUGAAGGGCCAACCUGAAUUUCUGACAGUUCCAAGUGGAAAUCAUGUUGAAAAUGAACCGAUACUGAAUUCUGAGAUGAACAUAACCACUGAAAAUGAAGAAAGGGAGUUGGUCGUGGACCGUGCUCCUAAACUGAAGCCCCAAUCUGAAAAGAGGCCUAGUAGUAAUGGAACUCCUAAGGAACCAACUCAGAUACUAGAGAAGGAGAUGAUCACCCCAGAAAAUGGCAAAAAUUUCCCAGUUACAGGUUGUUCUAACGGAUUCAAGGGUGAAGCAGAAAAAGAAACAAGUAGAAGAAGAGGAAUUAUUAAGGAACGGAGUCAGAUUUCUGGGCGGGAGGUGAUUAGAUCUAAUUAUAAGGAAACUUCCUCAGAAGAAGAUCGUUCUCGCAAGUCUAGUGGAAAAAGGCGCAGACUGAAAAAGCAAGAGCAUCCUAAUUCAUCUAAAAAGCUGGUAUUCAAAAGCGUUCCGGAAGAAAGGAAAUCUGUGGUGAAGGAGUACAUGUCAAACAGAAGGCUAGUUACUGAAGUGGAGAAAGAGGAUGCUUUGCUAAGGGCUAAUCUGAAACAAACUGAAGAUAGCUUCAUUGCAGUAAUGCAGCCUACUAGUGUUUACAGAAAAUUUUUCUUGGACAUUCCUGCAAAGUGGAUGCAACAGCAUCUCCCCUGCCGAAACCAAGAAGUAAUUCUUCGUGUGGGCAAGAAAGUAUGGCAUACUUCUCUAACUACUUACAGCAAGAAAGAUGCAAGUAUCUCUACUGGAUGGAAGAAAUUUGCCCUUGACAAUUCCUUGGAGGAGUCUGAUGUGUUAGUCUUUAAACUGGUUAAUCAGAAAGACAAGGCAAGUGCUGUGAUGGAUGUUAACAUAUUCAGAGUCAUCGAGAAAACCACUCCUCCUCUUCCUGUAAUGUCUUAGACUAUUAGAAGGCUUUUAGUCGUCUGACUAAGAAAUUAGACUGUGUUUGCCUGAUCUUUGGCUGUGUUUUGAUAUACUAACAGCCAUCAGACUUAUUGUAAAUAUAACUCUUAACAGACUUAACCUUUGAAAAAUACCUGGUGUCCUGGUGUAUGUAUGAUAUGGUAUUAAAAUUACAUCAGCUUCCUUAGAUGUGGCAAUUUCGUCUGAAGUAUUUUUUUUUUACUUCUGUUUUAAACUUUGUUUACUGGAUAUGUUUCUGGAACAAUGUUACUGAUUGUUGAAACGUUGCUAGUGAUCUGCAGUAGUCAUCUCGCGCUAGCAGCUAAGCUAAUGCUUUUGUAAUUCUUGU